GUGUGUAUAACCUCCAAAAAGAAGUGUUUACUUUUAUUUAUUAGUUAAUAAGUGUUAAAAUGGAUGAUUUACAACUAAAUAUUAGUGUAUCUAAAAAGAACAAUAACAAAGCAAACAGGCAAAGAGUUGAUCAGCAAAGUAAUGGGUAUAAAUUUAAAUCCAAGCCAGACUUUAGUGGCAAAAUAUUCGCCAGGAAACGGCACAUAAACGUAGAUCGUGCAAAUCUUAAUUACAAGCCCGGGGAACCGCAGAACAAAAAGUUUAAGCAAAAUGAACCUCAAGUAUCCAAUAAUUCCACACCAGCUCCAGAGAAAAGGGAUUUAGCAUCUCAACUACGAGAUCUAAGUGAAAGCAAAGGAAAAUUUGCAAACAAAAACUAUCAAGAUAUUCAUGAUGAAUUGCAAAUCAAACAGAAACCAAAAGGAAGCUGGAUAUCAUCUCUAUUCAAAAAUAAUCCGGAAGUUCCACGUGUGGGUCAAAAAGCGGUCAAGCCCGUAGUAGAAAAAGUAUUCUCUGGAACUACUUUUGCAGAUCUAAAUGUACAUCCCCACAGCAUAGCCAACUUAAAACAAAAUCUCAACUUGACCGAGCUGAUGACAGUACAACAGAAAUCUAUUCCUAUAAUAUUACAAGGACGAGAUGUACUUAUCAGGUCACAAACAGGUUCAGGGAAGACUUUAGCAUAUGCAUUACCAUUGAUUGAGGGCUUGCAAGCCAUAAGACCUAAAAUCAACAGGCAUGAUGGAGUCCGAGUAGUAGUGGUAGUGCCAACUAGAGAGCUUGCCGUGCAGACAUAUGAGUUGUUCGUAAAACUCACAAAACCUUUUAUUUGGAUUGUGCCCGGUCUUUUGAGUGGUGGACAGAAAAGAAAAGCUGAGAAGGCAAGACUAAGGAAAGGGCUGAGCAUACUAGUGGGCACUCCGGGCAGAAUCAAUGACCACUUGAGGCACACACAUUCAUUAAAUUUUUCUAAGACUGGUUGUCUUAUAUUGGACGAGGCAGAUCGCUUACUGGACAUGGGUUAUGAAAAAGAUGUUGCAGCAAUAGUAAAAGCCAUCGAGGACCACAAAAGAGCAGCCACCUAUGAUCCAUUGGCUCUAGUCAAACAAUCCUUUAACAAGAAGGCUGCAGAUGAAACUGAGGAGAAUCAAGAUACUGAACAAGUAGAAAACGAAGUAACUGAUGUGACUAAUAAUACUGAACAUCCACUUACACAAGUGUUCAUGACCAAAGAAAGACAAACGAUACUUUUGUCUGCUACUUUGACAAAGGCUGUAGAGAAUUUAGCAGGCAUCACGAUGAAAGAUCCAGUUUUUGUUGAUACUUCUGAAGGAAAAGCACUAGUUGCAGAUUCACUGCAAAAAGAGAAAGAUCAUAUGAAAAAUAAAAAUAUAGAAAAACUCGUACAAAAAGACAAGAGUAAUAAAUCGAUAGAAAACACAAAACCUGAAGUUCCAAUAUUGAAACAAGAAGUUGUUGCAGAAACAAAAUCAAGUGAAGAAGAACAAGCUAAAACAGAAAGCCAACCAGUUAUAGAAAUGAGAGGAAAAUUGAAAGCUUUUAGUGGUUCCUUUUUCCCUGAAUUAUUUGAAAAUAAAGAAAAGACAGAUGAACCUAAAGUGGCUAAACCUCAGAAAGUGGCAAAUAAUGCUGAAAAUAAAGAUGACAGUGACAGUGAUUCUGAUUAUGAAUAUUUCAAAGUACAAAACCUGAAUGACAAUAAAGUACAAACAGUAACAAAUGGUAACAAAGAGGAAUCUGAAGAGGAAGAUGUAGAAAAACCUAAUGUUUUCCUGCAGGCUAUAAAAUCAGCUGUCACAGAAGAUGAACUGGUGUUGCCAGCCACAGUGAAUCAAACCUUCCUAGUCAUACCAAUGAAAUUACGACUCGUAACUCUUUGCUCUCUCAUCAUUGAACACUGUAUUCUAAACAAGAAAGGAGGAAAAAUGAUCGUGUUUAUGGCAACACUGGAAAUGGUUGAUUAUCAUUCUGAACUUAUAGAAACUGUUUUAACUGGUAAGAAGUUCAAGAAGAAAAAAGAUUCGAAAAGUAAAGAAGCCAAAGGGAAGAAGAGAAAAGCUGACAAUAGUGAUGAAGAGGAUGGUUCAGACUCAGAUGGAUCAAAUUCAGAAUUUGAAGUUGAUUACGAGAUUCCAGAAGAAGGCAGUCUAGUCCCAGUAGAUUUAGAUGUGUUCAGUUUGCAUGGCUCCAUGCCUCAUGAGAGAAGAAUAGAAGUUUUCAAACAGUUCCGAACUGCAAAGAGAGGACUACUUAUUUGUACUGAUGUAGCAGCGAGAGGCUUGGACGUACCGCGUGUGGACUUGGUGCUACAGUACUGCGCGCCCGCCUCCGCCACAGAUUAUGUACACAGGGUGGGUCGGACGGGACGCGCGGCGCAUGUCGGAGCCGCGGUGAUGUUCCUGCUGCCGAGCGAGACAGAAUUCGUCAGACAUCUUGAACAGAAGCGCAUCAGGUUACGACAAGACGACGAGUCAAAGUCCUUAGAAGCGCUGCGUACAGUCGCGCCCACCGCGGCGACGAUGCAGCGCGCGGCCAUCGCGGUACAGUCGCGGCUGGAGUACACCGCGCACAGCUCCAAGGAGUGGCUGGCCAGAGCGAGCAGAGCUUUCACAUCAUGGGUGCGGUUCUAUUCGGGCUACCCGCGUGAAGUUCGCGAAAUGUUGGACGCGCGGAAACUUCACCUCGGUCACGCGGCCAAGGCGUUCGCGCUCCGAGAGACACCGGCCGCGCUGGCAAAACGCGCUCGUUCCGAUCCCAAGCUGAAAAAAGAAAAACCUGUGAACAGGUUGACAGUGAGAGAAGAGGAUGAGAAGAAACGACCAGGGUUCCCAAAAAUGAAAGUGAGUAUGUUCGGCGGGAAGGUGUUCAACAAACAGAGCUCCAUGCACACCGCCAGCGAGUUCGACAGCGGUCUUCCGCCCGUAGAUACCUACACGAAGAAGAAGAAGAAGAAUUGACACUCAUAAUUUUUAAUUGAUACAUGUAAAUACCACGGAACUGUACAGAUAGGUUAUAUAGAAAUACAUUAACUUAAUUGAC